CCCGGCAUGCACGCGCUGGGCGCCAGGGUGGUGACGCGCAGCCGGAGCCGGGGGCCCGGGCCGGGGCCGCUGGACGGCGGGGACGGGCCCGCGCCGGCCCGGAGCGGAGAAGCAGCGGCAGGAGGGAGAAGCCGCAGCCUUGGGAAGCGCCGGCAGAAGGCACGGAGACUGCUCGUGGCUUACGAGGCCUCGGACGGUGAGCGAGGUGCGGGGGCCGAGCCCCUGGCCGCGCCGGGCUGGGAGCCUGAGAACUGGCGGCAGCAGCUGGCCAACAUCCGCGUCAUGAGGGGCGGGAGGGAUGCCCCUGUGGACCAGCUGGGGGCCGAGCACUGCUACGACGCCAGCGCCCCCCCAAAGGUGCGCAGGUACCAGGUGCUGCUGUCACUGAUGCUCUCCAGCCAGACCAAAGACCAGGUCACGGCGGGCGCCAUGCAGCGGCUGCGGGCCCGGGGCCUGACCGUGGACAGCGUCCUGCAGAUGGACGAUGACACGCUGGGCCGGCUCAUCUACCCCGUGGGCUUCUGGAGGAGCAAGGUGAGGUACAUCAAGCAGACCAGCGCCAUCCUGCAGCAGCGCUACGGCGGGGACAUCCCAGCUUCCGUGGCAGAACUGGUGGCACUGCCGGGCGUUGGGCCCAAGAUGGCACACCUGGCCAUGGCUGUUGCCUGGGGCACUGUGUCGGGCAUCGCAGUGGACACACACGUGCACAGAAUCGCCAACCGCCUGCGGUGGACCAAAGAGGUGACCAAGUCCCCAGAGCAGACCCGUGCCGCCCUGGAGAGCUGGCUGCCCAGAGAGCUGUGGAGCGAGAUCAACGGGCUGCUGGUGGGCUUCGGCCAGCAGACCUGCCUGCCCGUCCAUCCCCGCUGCCAGUCCUGCCUCAACCAGACCCUGUGCCCGGCUGCCCGGGGCCGCGUGUGAAGUGCCUUCGCCUGGGAGCCACCGCCUGUUUAAUAAAGCGUGGGGGUUGUUUGUA